UUACACACUGCUGGAUGUAUUUAUCUUAAGAAAUAAGGAAAUUAGAACAGUUGGAGGAGGUUGCAAAACCAUCUAUUUUGCUCUUUUCUUGUGCUGGCUUUGACAAUCCUUUUCUAAAAUAAUAGUUAAUAAUGGGCAGGCAGUCCAUUUAUAAUUACUGCAUAAUUGCAGGUAUUCUGAUUACUUCUCUACAACAUGUUACUGCUAAGGGGGAAGAUAAAUUGACAAAUCAAAGUACAACUUUUAGUAGUGAAUUCACCUCCAAAACCUCUCCAACAGUCAGCAUUGACUAUAGCAGCCCAGAAGAUAUAACUAAUACUUCUACUGCUGCUCUUAAAAAUGUCAGUGACAAUGCAAAAAAGGAGUUACAGGAAACCAGCACAACUGAAACACUGUUCACUUUGUCCACAGAUAUUACUGGGACUGUUACGAAUUCAGAAGAAGAAACAGAAUCUCCUAUUCCUGGGCUGACAUCUCCAGCUUCUGCAGGAACAAUGUCAGAAAAUGAAAUACCUCUCAUAACGACUUCUGUGACUACUACCAGUGCAGCAGAUGGUGAUACAACCCCAGCUGAACAGAAAUCGGAUUAUUCAUGGAUUGUCAUAAUUGUAAUAGUCGUCCUAAUUGCAGCAAUUCUUGCGAUUCUCAUCAUCUGCUUAGUCAAGAAUAAGGACAGGCGAUACUCUUUUGACCUUUACCACAAAAGCCCUGAAGAUGCAGGCAUUCCUUUAAAUGCUGUUGAGAGAGAAGGAACUGUGGAGCAAAUUUCAGCUGAUGCCAAAAAGGAUGAGAAGGCUGUUGAUAAUGAUACAAAACCCUCUAAAGAUUCAGCAGCUACAGGCGGUAUGGUUCAGGCUGAAAAGCUGGGGGCUGCUCCUGCUGACAUAGAAAUACCACUGGACAAUGCAGAUGAAAGUAAUCAGAAGAAGGAACAUGAUCAAUGCAGCUUGGAUCUUUCAGAGGCCUCUCUCCUGACAGAUUUAGAGAAUGUCACAAAUUCUAAAAAGGCAAAGACUGCAGAUGAUGAUGGUAUUUCAACACAUUCUGCCAAAACCUCUCAAGAAACUCUUCAGGACACCCAGAAUGAUAAUAACAACAAUAACAGCAACGUUAUCGUUGUGGGACUGCAGAAAGGCAGACUACGUAAAGAUCUUUGUAGCUUUCCAGAUGAUAAUCCUGAUUUCAUGGUAAUGACCUACAGAAAGAAUGACAGCAAACAAUGCAGUAUUUCUGAAGAAAGACAAGUGAUGGAUUAUAUGCCAUGUACCCCAUGUGACACGGCUAAUCAAAAUGAUGAUAUAAUCUGCAUAAGGAUUACACAGAAAGAUAAUAUUGAAGAAGGAAAGAGAAACUGGUCCUUAGGACAGGCUGGCUUUAGCCAGGACAGCGCUUUUACCGAAGUCCAGCUGAACCAGUUUGAGUUUGGGCUGUGAUUCAUCACCAAUUUCUGCAAGUAUAGAGCAUUAUUGACUCCAUUCUUCUAAUCAGUUUCAUGCCAAGACCAUAUACUCUCUUGAAAGAAUCAUUUACAUGUGACAACUUCAUGUAGAUAAACUGUGUGUCUAGUUUAGAAAGCUAGUGUACUUAUAACUAAUAAGUGGUGAUUUUUGUUAAGCAGGAAUUUCAUGGUCACUUAGAGAUGUGAUCAUGAUGCCAUUUGCAUCCUGAGAAAGGAACAGUGCCCGGGCUUAUGUUUUUAUAAUACAGAUGCACUAACAUACAUUAAAACAAAGCAGACCAAAUAGUGAAUCUGCCAACAUGUGUGCUUAAGCCCUCAUUCUGGAGCUGUCCAAACAUAGUUCUCUUAUUUGCGUUUACCUUUUCCUUGUACUACUGUUGUGGACAUUUCCCCUAUCACACUAUGCACUAUGUAUUUUAUGAAUUUUUUUUUUAUGAUAAUUGUCUUUCACUUAUGAUAACUCAUUUCCUUGUCUAUUUUGUAAUCAAAAAUGUCUGUACAAGACUUACAAAAUAAUUUUAAGAACAUAGCAGCAUUUUUUGGUCCCCCUGCACCUUAUGUUUACCAGCCAAGCCCCCAGUACCCAAUCUCCACACCGGGUCUACCAGCUACUCUCCAACCCCCCCCCCCAGACUUACUUUAUUUUUGCUGGGGCCAGUCAUAGGUCAUGAGAGUGUCCUAAGGGAUCGGUUCAUCUGUACUUCCAUCCAGGAGGAUUUUUUCUUACAACCCACCCACUCCCUUCCCCACCCCCCACAUUUGUUGAUUAUGUUCAAGAAUAACCAUCCCCUUUGGGUGCAUAUUAACAAGCACACUCCCACCUUGAAUGAGCACACCUAUUCCUUCCCUGAUGCUCUCUCUAUCACCUGAGUCACUAAUCGAACCCAGGUCAGCUAGGCCGUACUCAUGGCUUUAUCUCUGGAUACCACCACAGCAGCUCACAUAGCAAUAUUUUCAGGACUAUAUUAGAUUGUUUCUCUCUUCUUCCACCAUAACUAGCUGAGCAUCUUAAUCAUCUUAUACUUCUGUGACCUGAGCAUAUUGGCACUCUCUUGCAUACUCCCCAUCAAGAUGCCCGACUUCUUCAACAAUUUGCAAACCUUGUUCUGUACUCCGGCUAUGACCAGGAGAGUGUUCUGCACAACAACAUGUUACCAUUAUCUUUUCCAUGGACACUUUGCACAUCAGCAGCUUCAUAGAUGUAACUUACAGCUUUCAGCACAGGACAGAUAUUUCAUGAGUCAUCCUCCUCAGGACUGUCAGGACCUCUCCUUCUUCAUUAAAAAGUAGUAGUAGUAAUCACUCCCAACACCUUCAUAUUUCCUCACAUCACAUAGUUGUGUUUACAGCACAUCACGGUGUACUUCUUAGCACAAAAUCAUAGCUGUUGUUGGUCUGAUUAUAUCUGCAGUCUACCUAACAUAUCACAUAUUUCUUUACAUUACUCACUGCUGACAUUUUGAUAACAUUGGUACACAGAGAUAUUUAAAGGCUGCAUAUGUGAAACUGGGUCUGCAUGAAUAGCACAACAAUUUCAGCAGCCUUAAAUUAUGAAGCCUUUUUACACACAAGAAGUCAAUUCACUUUAUUUUCCUGUCUGCCUCUUCCCUCAUCUGGUGGCAUCUUCCAUCUAUUUUGACUUCACACACAUAUGUGGAGAGUUGCUUCAGAUUUAGUAAUUAUAACUACUCUGCAUCCUCUGUACUGCACGGUAUGGCUGUAUAACUGCUAAGCAAGGAAGUCAGGAAAUGGAAAUCCAUUAAUUCACCUUAUCUUGUAGGCUGGCACUGGUGAAAAGGAAAAAACAAAAAUAAAUAUAUAAAUACAUAAAUAAAGAAAGAAUAAAAUGUUUCCUGAUCUCAUUUUAUAUUGUUAAAAGAAACAAAUCAAAAAAGAAACACAACUAGCAUUCAAAGGAAACAUAUAUGUACCAUGGUCCAUGUGUGUUUGUGCAUGCGCAUAAAUGAAUAAACAUGUGUGUGUCUGUGCGUGUGUGUGUGUGUGUGUGUGUGUG